GUAAGGAAGUUAUCCAUUCAAAACCAAAACAAAUGUUUGUUCGUCGUCGACAUAUUUUACAACUUUCAAUGACUUUCCCCUUUAAUUGAAUCAUAGAAGUUUUGCAGUUACUCAUCACUAAUCUCUGUAUCCAUGGAGACGCCAGAGCCGGGCCCAGCAGAUGGAGAGGAGCGCCUGGUGGAGCUGCGUCCUCGGACACGGUCCAACCCUGAAGGUGCUGAGGACCGUCGUAGCAGCACGGGCAGCCUUGGAGGAAACAGCAACCCCAACAUAUCUCAGCCCGCUGUGGGAAGUCGUGUUGAGGGUGAGGGCGAGGCUUCAACCAGCGACAGUCCUCCCAGUUCCACCACCACAACUGUCUCAGCAGCUGCAGCUCAGACUGCAGCUCCUGUCACAGUGGCGGCAGCGGCUGCAGGCAGCACCACAGUGCCACUAUCAACUGCGUCUGUUGCAGCCAAAGAGAGGCCGAAGCCGACACAGCAGCAGCCCACACUGACAACCCCCAUCCCUCCGCCAGCAGAGUACCAGCUCAGAGUGCCCCGUGUCAACUGUCCAGAGAAAGUGAUCAUCUGCUUAGACCUUUCUGAAGAGAUGUCUUUGCCAAAGUUGGAGUCUUUUAACGGGUCUAAAACUAAUGCGCUAAACAUUUCCCAGAAGAUGAUUGAAAUGUUUGUCAGAACCAAACACAAGAUUGACAAACGUCAUGAGUUUGCCCUGGUCGUCGUCAAUGAUGAUGCUCUGUGGUUGUCAGGCUUCACCUCUGACCCCAGGGAGCUGUGCAGCUGUCUGUAUGACCUUGAGACCAAUGUGUGCGAGUCCUUCAACCUGGAAGAUCUUCUUAAUGUAAUUCGUCAGAAGAUCGAGCUGCCGUCAAUGGAAAAUGUCCAGACCGUCCCUCCUCCAUAUGUGGUGCGGACGGUGCUGAUCUACAGCCGUCAUGCCGGGCAGCUUCAGUUCAACCCUUCAGAGGCUGUUAGUAAAAUGCUGCAGUCUCCAUAUUUUUUCUUUGAUGUGGUCUACCUACAUAACGGGUCGGAGGAGCAGGGGGAUGAGACCAGCUGGAGGGACAACUACACGUCUUUCUGCAACCUGGACUCAAAGGGCAUGUGCUAUCGCUUUGAGGUUUCCCUGGGAGGACCCGCCAUCGAGCUGCACAACUGCAUGGCCAAACUUCUGGCUCACCCUUUACAGAGACCUUUCCAGAGCCACGCGUCUUACAGCCUGCUGGAGGGGGAUGACCCCCAGGACAUUGAGGCAACCGUGUAAAACCAGACAGCGGUUUUCCGUGUGCACCUCAUUGAGGGU